UGUCACUUACUGACUGAAUGACAUAGUAAUCAAACAAGAAAAUACAACACAAAUAUAAUUGCACAGAAAAUUUCUUUAAAUUAAUCCGUAAAAAUGUCGAUUGGGAAAAUAUUAGCACUAGACAAAGUAGCUACGUUUUUCAAUAUUAUCCGCCAAAAUGGUGGUAUAAGGGCUUCGUUGUAUAAACUCUACAGACAAGAUGAGUUGAAAGAUGGAGUUCUAGUUGGCGAAGACAAGUAUGGCAACAAAUACUUUGAGAACCCAAGAUAUUUCUACGGCAGGAACCGCUGGGUGGAGUUCUCUGAUGAUUAUAACAUGAACUAUGAUGGUAGUCAGAUCCCAGCUGAGUGGUUUGGUUGGAUGCAUUACAAGACUGACCUACCACCGCAACAGGAUCCCGCCAGACCCCACUACAAAUGGAUGAGCGACUUCACCGAGAACUUAUCCGGUACCACCGGCCAGUACACUCCAUACAGCACGACCAGACCCAAGAUCGAGGCUUGGGUGCCCAAACCGAAGACUAGUCAGUAACUUGUACUCAUAACAUCAAGAAAAAUCUCCACACAAUCAAGAAACAUGAACAGAACUUAACUAACUUGUGCAUACCUCAUACCUUACUGUUUU